AUGCCCGUUCAAACUCGAGAUAUUAGUUCCAAGGAUGACAGCUUCCCUUAUAUUUUCGAGCAAAAUGUCAGCGUCCCCCUGCACACUUGCGAAGAGGGCUUGAUACGCGUCAACCUCUACCGCCCUCACGAUUCCGAGGCAGGGGUUAAAUACCCAGUGUUGGUGACUUACGGACCCUACGGGAAGGACGUUCAUUAUGAAAAUUUCAGGAAGGCUUCCUUCGACGAGGUCAAUCCUGAUCAUAAAUCUGUUCACUCUGCAUGGGAAACGCCGGAUCCUGCUUGGUGGACCAAGAGCGGCUACAUUAUAGUUCGCGCUGAUGAAAGGGGCAUUGGCCAAAGCCCUGGCGUCCUAGACACGAUGAGCAGAAGUACGAGUGAGGCAUUCUGUGAUGUAAUUGAAUGGGCAGCGGAUCAACCGUGGUCAAAUGGCAAAGUGGGACUUCUUGGAAUCAGUUAUUAUGCAGGAACGCAGUGGCGCGUGGCAGCUAGAAACCCUAGAGGCCUCGCUGCUAUUAUUCCCUGGGAAGGCAUGUCCGACUAUUAUCGAGACCGCUGCAGGCACGGAGGCAUCCUAUCGAACAGCUUUAUAGAUGUCUGGUGGCACGGUCAAGUCAUUGUAAAUCAGUAUGGCAGGCCUAGGCCCUCAAAUUCAUUUGUUCCGCCUACGAUCGAAGGCCAAUUAGCCGAGAAAGAGCUUCUGGAUAAUUUGCGCGAUCAAACCGUGGACAAUGUUACCAAUGAAUUCACUGAUCAGGAAUACUAUGCUUCGCGAGAAUAUACUCUGGAAGACAUCCAGGUUCCUCUGCUGAGCGUUGCAAAUUGGGGCGGAAUUCUAUUACACCUCCGAGGAAAUGUCGAAGGAUACGCUCACGCAGGAUCUAAAAUCAAAUACCUUCGAUUUAUCACAGGGAGACAUGACUUGCCAUUCUAUCAAGAUGAAGAAGCUCGCCUCCAGAAGUCCUUUCUUGACGCAUUCCUUAAAAAUAAGGACGAUCGAGGUUGGACUAUACCUGGAAAGCUCGCACCUGUGUCUGUUAUUUUGCGUGAAGGCGACGUAGGGUUCAACUCUGUUGAAAAGGAAAGACAAUACCUUCGGAGAGAUGAAUUGGCCUGGCCUUUGUCCAACACAGUCUAUACCAAGUACUACCUGCUUCCUAACAAAACGAUGACGUCUAAUCCCAGUGAGAUAGAGCUCAGGCAAAAAGACUACCUUUCCUGGAAGACGAUGAAGGAUGCGCCAUGGUCUACCCGAGUCAUUCCCGGGCGACCGCCAGUUCGUGAUUUUGCUAAACAAUCCAAAGUUGGAAUGAUCCAGUUCAAGACAGCGCCUUUCUCCAGGCGGACUGAAUUUACAGGCCACGUUACAGCUAAUCUCCAUGUGUGCAUUCCGAGCUCACAGGAGGGAAAUGUCCCUACGGACAUAGAUAUCUUCGUCACAGUCCGCCAUUUGGACAUAACUGAUAAAGAAAUUUUCUACACUGGAACUGCAGGAGACCCCGUCCCAGUCACUAAAGGCUGGCUUCGUUGUUCUCUUCGCAAAAUCAAAUCUGAACACCCUAACCACCGCCCAUAUCUUCCGCACCGGGACUAUUUUUCUACAGACGUCCAGCCACUGGUUCCUGACACGGUCUAUCCUGUCGUGGUAGAAAUAUGGCCGACAAACGUUGUGGUUAGUCCAGGCAAUAGUCUCGUAUUCGAAAUUGCGGGUGCCGAUACGCAGGGAAGUGGCAUUUUUACCCACGAUCAUCCUCUGGACAGACCGAAUAAUGUGUUUGAGGGGCGUAAUGAGCUUAGGUUCGGUGUUGGCGAUUCUAAUUACCUGACAAUGCCGAUAAUACCUUCCGAAUAGUCGGUGUUGAGUUGGGUCUUGGAUGAAAUAUUAAUCGAUAUAGAUGCUCCAUGCCAGCACGGUCACAACAGCAACGCCCAACAUUAAACUUUGUUUUCU